UCAAUUUUUUGAGUAAAUCUACGCAAAGUUUUUUUGCAGUGUGGAUGAGAAAGAUGAGUUCUCUGGCUUCUCUGAAAAGGUUCUGGUUCCAGUAUCAGGGAAUCCAGUUAAAGGAAUGCCAUUAUACAUUACCGUGGAACCGACAGAAAGUGUCUUAAUGGUAAACAGGAACCUCACAGGGUACAUAAUAAAUAUGACAGGAGAUCGUUUGGAACGAUUCGAGUUGCAGAAAGGCCUGGAAUUCUAUAAUAACUCGUAUUAUGGUUCCAUUCAAGCCACACACGAUGCAUUUAGGAUAAUGUAUAUUGGUUAUGGUAAAAAUGGAGAAACAAUCCAGCGUGUCCAACCUCCAGUGAUCAGACCACAGGAGUUUGAAGUUGAAAUAUCUGUACAAAACAGCAAUUUGAGGCUAACACCAAACGAUACAGCGAAAAUGAUUGUAAUUUUGAAAAAUCACGGUCCAGGUAAUACAUUCACGAUUCUGGUGUCCGACGAUAAGUCAUUUGUUUCUUCAUAUUCUCCAAAGAACGUCACUGUAAAAAGCAAGGAUUCCGUCGGCAUUCAAAUAAAUUUUAGAGCCUCCUUGAAUACCAGCGAUAGUACAACUACAUCAGUGUCAGUCUCGGCCUCAAUCCAAUCCACAUUCGCGGCUGAUCUUGCAAAUUUUAUCUCGUUUGAAGUUUCUGUUUUCUCGAAGGAGUUUCGAUUUGUCAACGAGACUGUUGCAACUUCGAAACGUAACAUUUCAAGUUUGCUAAUUAUUCGCCCGGACGACGGUAAUAGGACGCAGAGUACACUGAGACCAAAAUCUGAUGCUCAUGAUGGACGUCCAAUGCUUGGGACAAUUUUGAUUGUCGUUUGCUGCAUGGUAAUGCUCGUGUAAGCCGUGUGCAGUGGUAAUUGUUAAUUUUUGCAAAGAAAAAAGGAAAAUCAUGAUUGUGGCAUUAUAUAACCUUGCAAUCUAUCUAAUAAUAAUCAUAAUGAUAAUA